AAGGAGGCUGGCGCUGCCAAGAUGGCGGCGGAAAGGAGUCGCUCUCCGGUGGGGGGCUCGCCAGUGCCGGCCUCGAUGUUCGCCCCCGAGCCCGUGGCUCACGGUGGGACAGUGGCGGCUUUCUCCAGGCCUCACGGCGGCGUCGCAGAAGUUGACUGCAGCGAGGACGGCGAGCUGCUCAAUGGAGAGCCGGAGCUCGAUCUUACCAGCAAGCUAGUAAUGGUGAGCCCAACAUCCGAACAGUAUGAUAGUUUACUCCGACAGAUGUGGGAGAGAAUGGAUGAAGGAUGUGGAGAGACCAUCUAUGUUAUUGGUCAAGGGUCAGAUGGGACUGACUAUGGGCUUAGUGAUGGAGACAUGGAAGCUUCCUAUGCCACAGUGAAGAGCAUGGCAGAACAAAUAGAUGCUGAUGUAAUUCUCUUGCGAGAGCACCAAGAAGCAGGAGGCAAAGUGCGUGAUUAUUUGGUGCGGAAACGUGUGGGUGACAACGAUUUCCUAGAGGUCAGGGUAGCAGUGGUUGGCAAUGUGGAUGCUGGGAAGAGCACUUUGCUGGGCGUUCUUACCCAUGGCGAACUGGACAAUGGACGUGGUUUUGCUCGGCAAAAACUUUUUCGCCACAAGCAUGAGAUUGAGUCAGGCCGUACCAGCAGUGUGGGCAAUGACAUUUUGGGCUUCGACAGCGAAGGCAAUGUUGUGAACAAGCCUGACAGCCACGGUGGGAGUUUGGAGUGGACCAAGAUUUGUGAGAAAUCAACAAAAGUCAUAACCUUCAUUGAUCUGGCUGGGCAUGAGAAGUACUUGAAGACUACAGUCUUUGGCAUGACUGGGCAUCUCCCUGAUUUUUGCAUGCUAAUGGUUGGCAGCAAUGCUGGAAUUGUUGGGAUGACCAAGGAGCACUUAGGUCUGGCAUUGGCGCUAAAUGUUCCAGUCUUUGUGGUGGUGACCAAGAUUGAUAUGUGUCCGGCUAACAUACUUCAAGAAACUCUGAAGCUCCUGCAACGACUUUUGAAGUCCCCAGGAUGCAGGAAGAUCCCGGUGUUGGUCCAGAGCAAAGAUGAUGUUAUCGUUACUGCCUCCAAUUUCAGCUCUGAAAGGAUGUGCCCAAUCUUCCAGAUUUCCAAUGUCACUGGUGAGAAUUUGGAAUUGCUGAAGAUGUUUCUCAAUCUCCUGUCUCCAAGGACAAGUUACCGGGAGGAAGAACCUGCGGAAUUCCAGAUAGAUGACACUUAUUCUGUGCCAGGUGUUGGAACAGUGGUAUCUGGGACAACCCUGAGAGGCCUAAUCAAGUUAAAUGACACUUUGCUUCUGGGCCCAGAUCCGCUCGGCAACUUCUUGCCUAUUGCAGUGAAAUCCAUCCAUCGCAAGCGCAUGCCAGUCAAGGAGGUGCGGGGUGGUCAGACUGCUUCCUUUGCUCUGAAAAAGAUCAAACGCUCCUCUAUCAGGAAAGGCAUGGUGAUGGUAUCACCUCGGUUGAAUCCUCAAGCCUCUUGGGAAUUUGAAGCAGAGAUUCUGGUACUUCACCAUCCUACCACUAUCAGUCCACGUUAUCAGGCAAUGGUACAUUGUGGUAGCAUUCGCCAGACAGCCACUAUCCUUAGCAUGGACAAAGACUGCCUGCGCACUGGGGAUAAAGCCACUGUCCACUUCCGCUUCAUCAAGACUCCAGAGUACUUGCACAUAGACCAGCGGCUGGUUUUUCGUGAGGGGCGUACCAAAGCUGUCGGCACUAUCACCAAGUUACUCCAGACCACCAAUAAUUCUCCUAUGAACUCGAAGCCCCAGCAAAUAAAGAUGCAGUCUACAAAAAAAGGACCCUUGACCAAGCGCGAAGAGAGUGGAGCCCAGGCUGGCAUACCAGUGCUGACUUCCACUGUGGCAGAGGAUGCAGCAUCACUGGCAGCAGUUGCCCCAGCACCAUCUGGUGCUCAACAACCACAGGCAAAGGUUGGAGGUGGUGGCCGGAGGCGUGGUGGCCAGCGUCAUAAAGUGAAAUCUCAAGCAGCUAUUGUGACUCCAGCUGGUGGCUGCUGAACAUCUUUUCAGUAAUUGAGAAAUUCACAUCUCCCCCUCCAUUUCUUCAAUUCAGAAACCCGGAGCAGCUUAACCAAAAUCCUUUGCAGCUGAUCUUCUACUGUGGAAGAUUUGGGGGGGAAGGG